UCGCGAUUUGCUUUGGUGCCGAAAACAUGAAGUUGUUCAAGUUCCGCUUCGCCAUUGCGACCCUUUUGCCUUUGGUCCCAGCCGCACUUGCAGCAAUCAAGUCCUCAGAGGAUAGUAGCGCCAUUAAUAUUUCCAACGAUCGCCUCUCAUUUUCGGUCGCUAAAAGCUCGGGGUCCGUAUCCAAACUUUCACUCGAUGGUCAGAAUUUGCUAGGCACUGGUCGGGGUCCGUAUCUUGACUGCCAUUGCGUCGACAGUGGAUUUUGGACUCCAGGUAAUGGCGCCACUUACAAGCUAUUCAAAGGUACAGAUGGUGCUGGGCAGGAAUAUGCGGGCGCGAUGAUGAGCCACGACUACCAAAACACAGGCAAGGUGCUGGAGCAGUACUGGUUCCUGCGCAAUGGCGAAACAGGCAUGCAUGUCUUCGCGCGUGCGUCGUACAACAAUUCGCGUGUACCGAGCGGUGGCGACCUGGGCGAGAUGCGUCAAUUGUUCCGGCCAACCUCUACACUGUGGACACAUCUGUCGUCAAGCGAUGAAAUGUAUGGGCCCAUACCAGACACGAGCGGUGCUCCGACAGUACAAGAUGCCUCUUGGUAUGUAGGCGGUAAGAAGGAUCAUCCUUAUGUCAAACAGGUCUCAGAUUACUUUACCAAAUACAUGUUUUCAGAGGAAUGGCGGAACCAGAUUGCGCAUGGCAUGUAUGGAGACGGCAGCAAGAGUAACGAUGGAUCGGCAUUCGGCGCAUGGCUAGUCAUGAACACGAAGGACACUUACUUUGGGGGUCCAACGCACUCUGAUUUGACCGUGGACGGAAUCGUGUACAACUAUCUCGUCUCAAACCAUCAUGGGAACGGCGUACCUGAGAUGACCAACGGUUUCGAUCGUACUUUUGGGCCGCAAUACUAUUACUUCAACAAGGGCGCAAAAGGAACGACCUUGCAGCAGCUACGCAGCGAUGCGGCAAAGACCGUGACCACCAACUGGACUCCGUUUUACGACUCGAUUGCCCAACAUGUCCCCAAUUUGUUGCCAUCUUCCCGCCGCGGAAUUUUCCAAGGCACUGUGUCCCUUCCUAAGGGUGCUACCCGCGCGGUGGCCGUUCUUGCUCUCAGUGGUGCCGACUUCCAGGACAACAACAAAGAUAGCAGAGCGUAUCAGUACUGGAGUGAGAUAGAGAGCACCGGCUCUGUCACUAUACGUUCGGUGAAAGCUGGCACAUACCGCCUAACCAUCUACGCCGACGGAAUCUUUGGCGAAUACACACAGGACGGGGUUGAUAUAAAAGCUGGGCAGACUCAUGCAGCCACAGUGACUUGGGCUUCUGAGACCGCUGGCACCGAGCUCUGGCGCAUCGGCACGCCAGACAAAUCUUGUGGCGAAUUUCGUCAUGGAAACGCGAAAAGCACCUCGAAGACCCUCGGCAUGCGCGAAUACCGCGAGUACUGGGCCGUUCACGAUUUCCCGAACGACUUCCCGAACGGUAUUAAAUACAAAAUUGGUACUUCGGACCUCACCAAAGACUUCAACUACGUGCACUGGAGCGUGUUUGGGGGCAAAGCGAACUAUAUUCGCAAAGAUCCGUACUACACCAACGUCAACAACUGGACAAUCGCAUUUGAUGUGACACCACAACAGAUUGCCGGAAAGACGAAUGCAACGCUCACAAUUCAGCUCGCGGGUGUCAAGACCUCCGCCGGCAAUAACGACCAUGCCGAUAAAGCGUGGAACGACUUGCCAUAUACUGUUGUUGUCAAUGGAAAACAGCUUCCCACCUGGACUAUUCCAUCACAGCACUCUUCAAGCUGCGCCGUACGCAGCGCAGCGACAUGUUAUACAACGGGGCAUAAAUUUGAGUUCAAUGCCGGCUUCCUGAGAGAGGGUGGGAAUGAGAUGAUACUGAGUUUGCCGGCGAAGGCAACAGCGCCUGAGGAUGCGGUACUACCAGAGAGUGUUUACUUGCAGUAUGAUGCGCUUCGGCUAGAAGUCGCAUGA